UGCUCACUUGUUGGAGUGCUGUUCAAAACUAGUGUUAUUAUUGUGACAGCUCGUUCCCAGGACAUGCGCGGAGACGACAAUGUGGAAUUUCAGAGUGUUCUGAGAGAGGCAGAGGAUAUAAUGACAGAUGGUCCUAUGAAAGCGUCUGAAAACAAGGAAAACCAGCAAGUUUUACUGGACGAAGUCGACUUUGAAUACAGACUAGCGGUCAGUCCGUCAACAAGGUUCCAAAGAAUGUUAUUUUUUGUAUUUAUAGGCAUAGAAAGCGAGUCACAGAAGCCUUGUUCAUCUUCGGGCGCUAGAGGGUCUACCUCGGAAUGGGCUCGUGGGCACCGUCGCGCGUGGAGCAUGCCCAAUGCUAAAGGUGAUAAGAUGACGCUUGCUAUCAUUCAGGACAAGGAAACAAAGACAAAUGGGAACACUCAUAGACGUCGUGUGCUUCGAUGUCAUAUCCUCGUUCCGACUGCACUAAAAUUUGACCUGAGUGGAAUGCCACCUCCUGAUGAGGACGACAACGAAUUGGAGGUUGAAAUCAAUGAAGAGGAGGUCGAAGUGCCUGGUGAGACAGGGAAAGGAGCGAGGACAGUCAUCAAAAGGUUCUGGGAAGCGAGAUGGAAAGCUACGAAUUUCGAAUAUCUUCCUGAAUGGUUGCAAGACAACGAAUAUCUGAGAAGUGGUCAUCGUCCACCACUUCCAUCCUUCAGUAGCUGCUUCAAAAGCAUCUUCGUACUUCACACAGAGACUGGCAAUAUUUGGACGCACAUGUACGGUUGUGUGGCUUUCAUUGGCAUCGCUUUUUGGUUUCUCACUCGCCCAUCGUCACAAAUACAAUUCAUGGACAAAGUCGUGUUUUCGACUUACUUUUUGGGAGCUAUACUAUGCCUCGGCCUGUCAUUCAUCUUUCACACGGUCGCUUGUCAUUCAGACACCGUUGGAAAACUAUUCAGCAAGUUGGAUUAUGCUGGAAUCGCUCUUCUCAUUAUUGGUUCAUUUAUACCAUGGGUUUACUAUGCGUUCUAUUGUCGUCCACAACCAAUGAUAAUCUAUAUAACGAUGAUCAGUGUGUUAGGACUGCUAGCGAUGAUUGUCUCUUUGUGGGACAAAUUUGCUCAGCCGGCAUUCAGACCGUUACGAGCUGGCAUCUUCGUUGCCAUGGGACUAUCAGCUGUGUUUCCCGCCGCACAUUUGCUAUUUGUGGACGGUCUUGAUUUCCUCUAUAUGAAAGCGUCCCUGGUGUGGAUGCUGCUUAUGGGUGGUACGUAUAUAGGUGGUGCCGCGAUUUACGCCACUAGGAUUCCGGAACGAUUUUUUCCUGGAAGAUGUGAUUUAUGGUUUCAAUCUCACCAACUCUUUCAUACAUUUGUCAUUAUCGCGGCAUUGAUUCACUUCCAUUCUAUUACUGAGAUGGCUCAAAAGAAGCUGAUGGAGGGUUCAUGCGCCGAGCAACUGUUAGAAAGAUAUGGAAUAGAGUCUAAUCCAUCCCUGCUUGGUGGGCUUUUAGGCUUAGACGAGGACCCCAACAAAAUUUCGUGGAACGGUUUUCGUUAG